CUCUUUUUGAYAACRAUCACGGUUGGAUACGUGAUAAUCUAUCGUCGAUCGAAGGGAAACGUGAAGGGACUAGACACGAAAAAAGAAUUGCCKRCCAAUUAGUUACGGUACUUUGUUCGUUGAUCCGCAGAGRCUGAUGYCAACACCAUGAAUUUUUGCAAGCCCUCCUCCGAACCAAAACCAACACCGGCGGCUUCGUCGUCCCGAGGCGAGUCGGUCGAUCUCGGCGAAUUCUCCUACCAGCACGCCRGUGGKGGAAGCGGUUACAACAGCCACUACUACGACUACGAUUACAGCGGCCACGGAACCCCCCACACCCCGAAACCAAUUAUCUCCGAGGACUACGGGCUGUCUUCCGAGUUCUACACGGACGACACCACCGGUGGCCUGGCCCGGCCGGACAUUAGCAUCAGCAACAGCGGCCGGGUGAUUGGGGGAGAGGGCGCCACAGCGCAUGCCGCUGGYGGGAUCGACGGUGCCCACCUGCCCCGGAUGCGCGGCGAUGCCAAGCUCCGGCCCAACACCGGGAACAGCAACCAGAACGACGGGGCACUGCUCGGRAAGUCCCUCCUGGAGAUCACCGCGUUUUUGCGGCUGACCACCAUUGUCUCCACGGUUGCCGCCAUUGUGUGGGAGGGCUUUGCCUUUCCGAUGCGGCUGAUCGGGAUGGCCCUGGUMCACCCCGCACAGUUCGURUUGGGUGCCUACCUGGGGGUCUUCUGCCUCCUGGUCCUGGGGGCAGAGCUCAACAUCGAGGCCCUGAAGGACAAUUUYGGAUUCCUCUACGAUCCCCUCUCGAGGGGUUUUGUCCUGCUCAUGAUGAGCGGGAUGAGCCUGGGCAUCCUCAGCACCUGGUGGGARUCCCUGCUGGGCCUGGCCUUUCUGGUGGURGGSACCGGCUACAUCUACACCUACCUCCAGUACCCGGAGUACCGRACCUGGAAGAGCUACAACGAGCGGGCGCCCACGGCCUGGCAGGAGGGCAAGAUGUACUGGACGGGGGGCGACGCCGCGGUCCAGACGGCCGCCUGGGCCACGCCGACGAAGGCCUCGGUGGCCGUCGCGGCCGCGGUGGUGGGCAGCGAGACCAARUCCCUGCUGGGGAACGCCUAAACCUAAACGUGACGCACCGGUUGGUUYCGGUGGCGCGGGGCGGUGCUGUUGAACACCGAAAACCAACUUCAACGGAGGGACUGGCCACCGCCGCUUUUGGGUUGCGUUGCAUCUUAGUAGAGCACGAAUGUAAUUUUAGAGCUUGUUUUGGUUCGUUUCGAUUCCAGUGUGUGUUUCUUUGCUGUGAAAUAUGUUCACGGAUCAAUCGAGGGGAUUAUUUUUUGGCUCUAGUUUUGAGCAACAGAACAUGUACGCUCCUCUUCGCAAUCAGAACAGAAAGAAAGUCACUGAAUAGGA